AUGGACACCCUAGCCAAAGAAACAAUGGGCCUCCCAAUUUUCAUCUGUCCCACAAACCACCAAAUAAUCUCCUCUGGCAGCGGCAGCAGUAACACAACCUCUUCAACCUCCACUAUUAUGAGAUUUUCAGAUGCAGACUUAGCAGCUGCAUCACCACCAACCUCCCCAACAUCAACGCAAUACUCACCUACAACAUCUUUCUUCGCAACCGCCACAGCAACCCGUUCACCGACUGCCAUAGCAUUCCCUUCUAUACUCCCAUCUGCCAGCACCACCUCAACAAACCGCGACACAAGAAGAAACACCUACACCUACACACCACCCACCUUCUCGCCAGACCAUCGCCGCGAAUCCCUUCUUUCCACGCAUCGUCUCUCUGCAGCUUUUGACUUCGCAUCAAGUUUUGCUUCGGAAGUACUUUCUAAAGCUGCUGAUCAGGUAUUUGGGAACGAAGAGGGACGAGCUGCAGAAGCAGGCAUGCAGUUGUGGGGUGAAGAUUUGGAGGCUGGGGAAAGAGAGAACAAGGAAAAAGGGAGAUAUAGUAGAUUUGGAGAGGAAGGGGCGUUUGAGAGUUGGUUGGAUUGA